GGACAGGAAAUAAACAAAACCAGACAAGCUGAGAGGAGGGAAGAAAGCCAAAGGUGCUGCUGCAAGUGACAUUAAUACCCGUGGCCAGGGUUGGGUGUGUGCAGCAGCAGCUGAACACGCUGUGACCACCAUCAUGAUGACAACUAAGAGGCUUGACAGUUUUGAGGUCUUGUGUGAGUGGGCUUCAUGCAACUUCAAGGGCCACACCAUGGAGGCGCUGAGCGAUCAUAUGUCACUGCACUUAAAGGACUACCUUGGAGACAACGAUGCCUUAGAGGAGCUGGAUGAGUAUGCUUGUCUCUGGAAUGGAUGUGAAUUUCUAUCCAUGGGUAGCCCUGCGGAGCUGGAGGUCCAUGCUUACUUCCACAACUACCACGGUAAGCUCAAGUUCGUCGGUUCACAGCUGCUCAAAUCCCGUCCUGAUCUGCCCAGCUGCAACCAAGGCUUGCACAGCAACAACCUGGUUCCUGAGGGAUCAGAUGGAUACGUUUGCCAGUGGGAACACUGUGAUAGUUCAUUCAACAAUCCCGAGUGGUUCUACAGACAUGUGGACAAUCAUGUUGAAAGUGCCGAGCCGCAGUCUUUCUCACAACAACAGCAGGCUCUCUUCUGCCACUGGACAGGCUGCGAUGCUUUCUUCAAGAUCAGGUACCGUUUGAGAGAACACAUGCGGAGCCACACUCAGGAGAGACUUGUAGCCUGUCCUACAUGUGGCAGCAUGUUCUCCAGCAACACAAAGCUGUUUGACCACCUACACAGGCAGGCCGAGCCAGUAGAGUCGCUGGUGUGCGAGCACUGUGGCAAAGCUUUUUCCAGCGAGAGGCUUUUGAGGGAUCAUGUUCGUCAGCAUGUGAAUCAGGUGAAGUGUCCCUUCUGUGACAUGACCUGCACCACCUUGGCAGCUCUGAAAAUCCACAUCAGGUUCCGCCACUGUGAUGAGCGGCCCUUCCCAUGUGACUUCUGUGACAAGAGAUUUAAGAACCAGCGCGAUCUACAAAAGCACACUGAGGUUCACAAUGAGGGCACCGUGUAUCGCUGUACAGUGGAGGGUUGUGAUUAUUCUUGUCACACAUUCCAAACCAUGAAUCACCACUUCAAGAGAGCACACGAGGUUGGGGGGAUGUCAAAAUAUAAAUGCCAUAUCUGUGAUAAGGUCUUCUCCUGGUGUUACACUCUCACACUUCACCUUCGCAAGAAGCAUGAGCUGAAAUGGCCUUCUGGACAUUCCCGCUUUAGAUACAGGAAGGAUGUAGAUGGUUUCCUGAAGGUAAACAUGGUGCGCUUUGAGACUGUGGAAGUGACAAAGGAGAUCAUGAAGAACAUGGCCAAAAAGCCACAGAGCCUUCGGAAAAGUACGAGAACCAGCAGCCGGAACAAGAGGGCUGCAGUCACACCAGAGAGCGGCCGAAGCCCUCCCGCAGGAUCCUCCUCGCCCUCCUCCAGCUCAUCCUCGUCAUACUCCUCAGAGCUGUCUGGUGGGGAAGACGUUUCGUCUCAGGCCAGCCCCAGGGGCAGUGACUCUCCUGUCUACUGUGUCAUGAGCACCAUCCCUCACAUUGAGGAGGAGCCUGGGGGAUUAUCUCAGGAGGACUGUGAUGGUAGUGGGACAUCUGGAGCAGUCCAGGCCCUUACGGAGGUUGCGAGGGGCCUGGGCAUGGACGUGGUGUGAUUCCUCUUUGCUGCACUGCACCAUGCGUCCAUUGUAGGCUCUAUUGUAGCUGUUAUGCAAUGAAUGUGGUUUGCCUCUUGUGGUAUAUUUUGCUGUGGAGCUGUUAGUGGAGACAUCACUAGAGCUGUUUUUUUGCUUGCCAAAGUUUUCUCAUUGUCUGCAGCGUCUUUAGAGUGGUGUUACAUUGAGGUGGUUAUCUCUACGCUGGCUCAGACCACGCAUUCAAAAUAGCAGAUCUAAAGCCUCCGCUUAGCUUUGUGACAUGUCACAUGAAUGGGAUUGCCUGUUACACACAGGUUAUUGUUUCUGACAAAGCUUAUGUGAAUGCGUUAGAAGCAUUACUCAGCUCUAUUAAUUCUUCAUGUUUUUCACACUCCAUUUUCUAUGAUAUUUCCAUGAUGUUGCCUGGUUAAAGGAUUUCAUAAGACAUGCUUUUUUUAUUGUAACAGAUUUUAAAUACAUUUUUGAUACAAA